GCCGUGUUGUUUGAUGGUAUAUAUCUUCAGUUACUUAGGACAUCGCAAUCAUCAUAUCAUGUGCCCUAGAGCAUCUUUUUAAUAAAGAUUCCUCUCAUACACGUUGUCAAUACCUACUACCCGAUACAACAUGGCACAAUUUGAGCCCCCAAACGGAGGUUGGCUAGGAUGGAGCCAGGUUGCUGCUUCAUUCCUCACUAAUUCCUGCACACUUGGACUGAGCAACUCCUUCGGUGUCUUCCAGUCCUAUUACGAACAUAACACUCUCAGUUCCCACUCAUCUUCCGACAUCUCGUGGAUUGGAACGACGCAAGGCUUCUUGCUGAGCCUCAUCGGAAUCAUCAGUGGACCACUAUAUGACAGAGGUUAUAUUAGAUAUUUGAUGUACAUAGGAUCGCUAUUGAACGUCGCCGGACUCCUAGGAACCAGCGCCUCAGAAGAGUACAGCUUGAUUUUUCUCUCAUAUGGCAUAGCGUUAGGCCUUGGAUGCGGCGCUCUUUACGUACCAGCACAAGCGACGAUACAAACAUACUUCACGACAAGAGCCUCGCUCGCAAAUGGUAUCGCGAUGGCUGGCUCAAGUUUCGGUGGGAUUAUAUAUCCUAUUAUCUUUCGACAGUUAGAACAGAGCAUCGGAUUCCCCUGGGCCUGUCGCACAUUAGCUCUGAUUAAUGCAGUUCUUUUGAUUAUCUCUUGCCUUCUCAUGAAACCAAGGGCUUUAUCGGAUCAAACAUCGACCACAGGCUCAUUCGACUGGCGGUCGCUAUGGAACCGGGACUUAUUGUUACUCGGACUGUGUGCUCUCCUACUGAACAUGGGAGUGGAUGUGCCCUACUAUUAUAUCUCUUCAUUUGUUCAAGAGAAGCUUCAUGGUUCUGCCGGAGUAGGGGACAGCUUAUUGGCCGGCAUGAAUGCAUCCUCUCUAGUUGGUCGACUGGUAUCUUAGGAGCAGGCAUACUCCUAUUUUGCUGGUCCUCGGUGGGAGAUCUCGGGGGUAUGAUCGCCUUCGUUAUAUUGUACGGGUUUCACGUAGGAGGGCUGAUCGUUCUGAUACCCUCUUGUGUGCGAGCCAUCUGUCCAGACCCGGAUGUCCUUGGAGCUCGCUUGGGCCUCGUGGAAGCCUUUCAGGGAGUCGGAUUUCUUAUAGGCCCACCUAUCGCUGGCGCAAUAUUGGGAACUCAAUCAGGAUACCUUGGUGUGAGCCUAUUCUGCGG